UCGUCUCGUUUGAACCUUGGGAGCGGGACUCUAUCCUGAGCUGUUGUUGAAAACGGAAUAAGGACUUAUAUUUCAUCCCGUAACUAAAUGAAUUCAUUUUAGCUUUAAAUCAAAAAAUAAAAAAGGUGCGAUAACGGAUAGAGACGGUUACCACGGUAAUGUUUGAGUUCGUCGGUUCCCGAUCUUCUUGUUGGUGAAACGGACCCUGCAAAAAAAAGAGUAAAGAUGAACCGAGCAGGCCGACCGUUGUUCAUGAAGACCUACGGCAAACAGAACCGGAAGUUGGAGGCCUGGAUCUCCCCUGACAACCGAAAACAGGUUUUCGCCAGCACCUCUUCCUCUGACCUGUCCAUCGUUGAGCCCUCCAGCCCCAAACCCCCGGCCAAGAGAGUGAGAAAGAGAAGUACAGCAGAUAUCAGGAGAGAGCUGCGGCCGGCUAAGACCAAAGCCCUGUCCUGGACAGCAGAUGGCAGGAGAGAGCUGCGACUAGCGAAGACCAAAGCCCUGUCCUGUCUGAGAGAGCAGGACAGUGAUGAAGAGAACAUCUUCAUCGUCCAUCCUCCUCCCCAGCAGCAGAGCAACAGGAAGCCAUUCGUGAGGCGUGCUGGUCGGAAGGCCAGGCGUAUUGUGAGCUCCAGUGAGAGUGAUGGAGAGACAACGACCACCAGACAACCCAACCCUAAACGCUCCCAACACACCACAGCUAGAGCCAGGACACACACACAUCCGUCUCCAGUUUUGGCUCCAGGGAAGUUUGUGACUCAUCGUAGGGGAGCAACAACAACAACCGCCAAACACAAAGCCCCCAAGAGGAAACUCAGUGUCCUGCUAGCCCAGCUCAGCCUCAACUCCUCUGAUGACUUCGUCCAGGGUGGAAGAGAAGAAGGGGGAGUGGUCCAGCGUUCCUUCCCUCGCCGUGCCAAACAGGGGCGCCGCCGGGCCCUGGCCAACGCUGACAGCUCAUUGGCCGACCUGGGUAACAGCGGAGCAACCAACAGUAAAGGUUUCCUGCGAGAUAUCUCUCUGAACGUGUCGCCCGAGCGACCCUGCCACAGGAAACCUCUCUUCUCCUCCACCCCCAGCUCACGUUCCCUCCCUCCUCCUCCCUCCUUCCUCCGUCCACCCAUCUCUCCCUCCGCCAGUGACAUCAUCUCUCUGAGCACCACCCAGGAGGAGCUCGAUGUUCCAGAGGACCCCCUCUCUCUCACAGAGCUGCGCCAGCUGUCGUCCCUGGGCCAGGCAGUGGGACAACCAGAGGUAGGAAACCGUGAAGAGCCGACUCCCCGUGGAUCAACCAGCCUGAGGAGUAACGGGAGCCGGAAUGGAGGCUCGGCGAUCCAAGAUGGCGUCGGUGAGCAGCCGAGCCCGGAGCUGUUCUCCGCGGUUGCCUGUGAGCAGACUGACCCAGGCAGGGCCGGGGAGGAAACUGAGGACGGCAGCCAUUUUGUGUCAGUGACGGUGGGACAGGAUUGGCUGGCCGAGGUCGUGAAGGAGAGGUGUCUGACACGGUGCUGUGCCGUACGGCUAGAGAGAGUGUACAAACUGCACGGCGACACCACAUGUUCACCCUGCGUCGACCAGACACGGUCACAUGACAACGGGCGGUCUGUUGACCACGUGCGCUCGGCGACCAGGGGUCAGUCCAUCGACCACUCGGUGAUCAGGGAUCCCUCUAGAGACCACACAGGGUCAGUGACUGAAGGGCAGUCUGUAGACCGUGCGGUCAACGACAGCGGUCAGUCUCUGGGCCGUAUCGUGUCUGUCAGCCGGACCAGUGAGGAACCUGUCAGGGUGGAGCAGAGACUGACCACACACUGUGAGGUACAGCUGGGGAGGCUGACCGUAACUCGACCCCACAGAGAGACCAGCCUGACCGUAACUCGACCCCACAGAGAGACCAGCCUGACCGAAACCCGACCCCACAGAGAGACCAGCCUGACCGUAACUCAACCCCACAGAGAGACCAGCCUGACCGUAACUCAACCCCACAGAGAGACCAGCCUGACCGAAACCCGACCCCACAGAGAGACCAGCCUGACCGUAACUCGACCCCACAGAGAGACCAGCCUGACCGUAACUCAACCCCACAGAGAGACCAGCCUGACCGUAACUCAACCCCACAGAGAGACCAGCCUGACCGAAACCCGACCCCACAGAGAGACCAGCCUGACCGAAACCCGACCCCACAGAGAGACCAGCCUGACCGUAACUCAACCCCACAGAGAGACCAGCCUGACCGAAACCCGACCCCACAGAGAGACCAGCCUGACCGUAACCCGACCCCACAGAGAGACCAGCCUGACCGUAACUCAACCCCACAGAGAGACCAGCCUGACCGAAACCCGACCCCACAGAGAGACCAGCCUGACCGAAACCCGACCACACACCAGCCUGACCGAAACCCGACCACACAGAGAGACCAGCCUGACCGAAACCCGACCACACAGAGAGACCAGCCUGACCGAAACCCGACCACACAGAGAGACCAGCCUGACCGAAACCCGACCACACAGAGAGACCAGCCUGACCGUAACUCGACCCCACAGAGAGACCAGCCUGACCGAAACCCGACCACACACCAGCCUGACCGAAACCCGACCACACAGAGAAACCAGCCUGACCGUAACUCAACCCCACAGAGAGACCAGCCUGACCGUAACUCAACCCCACAGAGAGACCAGCCUGACCGAAACCCGACCCCACAGAGAGACCAGCCUGACCGAAACCCGACCCCACAGAGAGACCAGCCUGACCGAAACCCGACCCCACAGAGAGACCAGCCUGACCGUAACCCGACCCCACAGAGAGACCAGCCUGUUGCCCAGUGACCACAACCCACGGUCGGACAGCAGUACGGCAGGUGACCACGCAUGUUCAGAGCACGUUCCCAGGGACAGUCUCGUCCCUAAAGAGCACGUUCCCAGGGACAGUCUCGUCCCUAAAGAGCACGUUCCCAGGGACAGUCUCGUCCCUAAAGAGCACGUUCCCAAGGACAGUCUCGUCCCUAAAGAGCACGUUCCCAGGGACAGUCUCGUCCCUAAAGAGCACGUUCCCAAGGAAAACCCCCACAGAAGGAAGGUGGGAGGAGCUCCUAUAGAGCGUAGGCGGAGGAGCGUGUCUCGGGAGCGGCCCGCCACCAGUAGGAAGGUGUGUGUGAGUGGUGUGAGUGUUAGUCGCUGGGGAAGGAGAGACGGGGCUCCCAACAGCAGAGCAGCACCUCCCCCUGGCCGAGCUGGGGACUGCAGCAUUACUGAACUGCUGUCUGCUCAACACACACACGGGGUAUCCAGUCUAUCAGACAGUAUGGUAUUGGGGACUCCAGUUCGUGGUAACAGACUCCACCUGUCCUCUCUGCUGGUCAACCUCACUCCUGAGACUCACACCUGGAGUCGCCUCAAAGCUGCCCUCUCCCUACACAGGAAGACCAAAGCGUUCGUGACUCCGAAGAGGCCUCUCUACCUGCUGUCCUCUCCUGAGGCGGAGCUAGAGGCGGAGCUAGGUGAUGUCAGUCAAAAACUGUUCUCCACGCCCCGCCCACCAAACCUCCGCUCAACGAUACAGGGGAGCACUCCUCUGAGUGUGUAUUCGUUAGACGGAGAGCUGUCUGAUGACCAGAAGGUGUUUUUGGAGUGUAACCAGACAGGACCUCUGGGCUUCCAGGACUGUCUCCCAGCAGCCAGGAUGAAGCUGUGUAGGAAGAUCGGAGAGGGGACCUUCGGAGAGGUCUUCAGUACCACCAACACCUCUGGAGACGCCGUCGCUCUCAAGAUUAUCCCAGUAGAAGGAUGUGACCAGGUGAAUGGAGAGGAACAGAAAACCUUUGGAGAAAUCCUCCACGAGAUUAUCAUCUCCAAGGAGCUGAGCAGUCUAAAGGAGAAGAAACACAACCAGACCACUGGCUUCAUCGGACUGAAGGAUCUCCACUGUGUUAAGGGCUGCUACCCUCCAAGCCUGCUAAAAGCCUGGGACUCCUUCAACACACAGAGAGGAUCAGAGAAUGACCGGCCAGAUUUCUUCAAUGAGGAGCAGCUGUUUCUGAUCCUGGAGUUUGAGUUUGGAGGCAGUGACCUGGAGAACAGUAAUGGACAGCUGGCGUCAGUGAUGGUGUCUAAGAGUAUCCUCCAUCAGGUGACUGCUGCUCUGGCUGUGGCUGAACAGGAGCUCUGCUUUGAACACAGAGACCUCCACUGGGGUAAUGUGUUGGUCCAGUCCACUAAGGAGAAGGAGGGGAGUUUCCUCCUCAAUGGAACAAACCAUUCCUUAGAGACCAGGGGGGUGAGCGUACGCAUCAUCGACUACUCCCUCUCCAGGCUCGAGAUUGAUGGUCUCACCGUGUCCUGUGACAUCUCAGAGGAUGAGGAGUUGUUCCAGGGACAUGGAGACCUGCAGUUUGACAUCUACAGACUCAUGAGACAGGAGAACGGUAACAAGUGGGGUGACUACCAGCCCCACUCCAAUGUGUUGUGGCUCCACUACUUGAGCUCCAAGCUGCUGACUAUGACCUAUAAGAGUCGAGGGGGGCGGGGCGUCAAGCAGGCCAGGUUGGACCUGCAGCGUUUCCACGACGAUGUCCUCACCUUCCGAUCUGCCUCUGACAUACUGUACAACUGUGGCCUGUUCCAAUGAGAAAGCGAGUGUGUGUACUGCCACAUAUUGUUGUUGUUGUUGUUGUUAGCGGGAUGCUAAGUGGUUAGCGGGAUGCUGAGUGGUUAGCGGGAUGCUAAGUGGUUAGCGGGAUGCUAAGUGGUUAGCGGGAUGCUAAGUGGUUAGCGGGAUGCUAAGUGGUUAGCGGGAUGCUAACUGGUUAGCGGGAUGCUAAGUGGUUAGCUAUAGUAUUGUGUAGGAUCCAGUCGUAACCUUUUUUUGGAGGUGAACUCUUGUUGUGAAUAAUAUUUAUAAACCCAGAAGACUGUAAUGGCUUUGUAUUCUAAAAUUAAAAAAGGGGUUUCGUUAAUAAACGUUGAAUUAGAAACAAUGACCAAAAA